AUGUCAGAACUUUCCAUAGAUAUAAAUAAACAUAUAAAAUAUUUUACUUUAUGUUUGAAUGUAUUGCCUUCAAAAUAUCAAGAUCAAGAUAACAACAAAUUAUCGUUGAUCUAUUUCUGUUUGCAGAGUUUGGAAAUUUUGAAUGAUUUGAAAUUCAAUGAAACUGAAAAAGGUCAAUUCUCGAAGUUCAUCUAUGAUUGUUAUUAUACUGGCAACGGAUUUAGGUCAAUUAUGAAUUCAAUGGGUGAAAAGUAUGAAAAGCCUUCGAUAUCGUCAACUUUUUUUGCCAUAACUAAUCUUAUUACUUUACAAAGUCCCAUAAAUCAACAUCUUGAUAGAUUCAAGAUCAUGGAUUUCUUGAAAGAUUGUCAAAUAAAGAGUGGGAAUGAUAAAGGAAGUUUUGCACCAACUAUUGAUGGUGAAAACCAACCUUUUGGUGAUAAUGAUUUGAGAAUAUGCUAUAUGGCAGUAUGUAUACGUAAAUAUUUGAAGAUCGAUGAGUUACCACCAUCCCAAAUGAAAGAUGUCGACUUUUCCGUCAUAGAAUUAGAGGAAUACAUUCUUAGAAGAUUGAAUUAUAAUGGAGGGUUCUCAUGUUAUCAAAUGAGUGAAAGUCAUUUAGGAUAUACAUACUGUGCAAUUGCAAGUUUGAAAUUAUUAGAUUUCGACUUUUCCAAGAUUAAUUUUGACAAGACCCUCAAUUGGAUACUUCAUAGACAAGUCAAUUACCCUGACAUAUUAUAUGAUCAAGAAGCAGUCAAUCAUGAAGAUUUUGGUGGAUUUAAUGGAAGAGAAAAUAAACCCAGUGAUACAUGCUAUAGUUGGUGGAGUCUCGGGAGUUUGUCGAUUCUUGAGGAUGUCAAGUUGGCCAACUUACCCAAGAUCUCCUCAUACCUUUUAAUGAAUCAAGAUCGAAGAACUGGAGGGUUUGGUAAAAAUUUCGACUCUUCAUCUGACCCCUAUCAUUCAUUCUUAGCAUUAUCAUCACUUGCUUUGAUCAAGGAUUCAGUUGAAUUCAUUGGUAAAGAUGAAUUGAGUGAAUUCGAUGGCACCAUGUCCAUAACAAAAUCACUGGUUGAUUUUUGCCAAUCAUUAACAUGGCCAUCUUUGUAA